AUGAAUGGAGAUCUCAGUCUCUCCCAGUCGCUGGGGGGGCUCCGAAUUGCGAAUCCGGACGAUUCACCCCUCCAAUCUGAGGUCGCCAGUCCGGUUCCAACGGCUCAACCGGACGGUUCGGUAUCAACACCACAAGUUCCCGCGCCGCUCGACGAGCGCCCGACCACCUUUCCUCCUGCACCUACCGACAAUCCUCCGAUCAACGAGAACCGCUCCUCCGUCAUCUACCCCGUCUCUGAUCUCUCCCAAUCAGCCUCGGCCUCUUCCCAUCAGCAUUACUCUGCGCAGCAGUUUGGCACGCCCCCAAAUCCGAAUCGCCCCCUUUCCUCUAUCUACACCAACAACUCCGUCUCCUCCCUACUCCCGCGGGAUAAUACCUAUCGCAUACGAACCGAUUCCGGUGCCUCGUCCACUUCCACGUCACAUUCGCGAGUAGACACCCGCGGCGGAUCGGCAGCCUUGCAAGCGGGAGUUCUGGCGCGCGACAACUCACACAGCGAUCGCUCUUACCGCACAGCUCAGAUUCCGGCCAAUGGGCCGGCUGUAAUGCGGCAAUCCUCUCGAGCGCAUGCCCGCGGUGGGAAUACAACCCAGAUGUCGCGAACGCCCUACGGUAUGGAGAACGGUCCCGCGCCCAGCAGUGAGGAUUGGCAGGACCGCGGAGCUGCGGUCGCGGUGCGACAGGAAGUCGAUGCCAACGGGAAGACGGUCGCUCGGUUUAUCAAGAAGGGUGUGCGGGAUUUCUCAUUUGGAAACACGCUUGGCGAGGGAUCCUACAGUACGGUGGUCUUUGCAACGGACCGACAGACCUUGAAGGAAUACGCCAUCAAGAUUCUGGACAAGCGACACAUCAUCAAGGAGAAGAAGGUCAAAUACGUCAACAUCGAGAAGGACACGUUAAAUCGUCUAACCGAUCACCCGGGUAUCGUCCGCCUUUACUAUACCUUCCAAGAUGAACGAUCACUUUACUUCGUACUGGACCUGUGCAAAGGAGGAGAGCUCCUGGGGGUCUUAAAGCGCAUGACUACCUUUGAUGAAGAGUGUACCAGGUUCUAUGGCGCCCAGAUUCUGGACACGAUCGACUAUAUGCACAAACGCGGCGUAAUCCACCGCGACUUGAAGCCGGAGAAUGUGUUGCUGGAUCACCAGAUGUAUGUGAAGAUUACGGACUUUGGAACCGCCAAGAUCCUCAAGACGCGACGACCGGACGAAAGCCAGACCUCUAUCCCACCCAUCGACUCGACCGAGAUCCCCGAAGAGGAACGAGCAAGCUCCUUUGUUGGUACCGCAGAGUAUGUCAGCCCGGAAUUGCUGGUCGACAAGAACGCUUGCAAGGCUAGUGAUCUGUGGGCGUUCGGCUGCAUCAUCUACCAACUCCUGGCCGGACGUCCGCCCUUCAAGGCGGGCAAUGAGUACCUGACUUUCCAGAAGAUCGUCGCCCUGGAUUAUGAAUUCCCAAUCGGAUUCCCCGCGGUGGCUCGUGAUCUCGUGGAACGUCUCCUGGUUCUAGAUCCCGCUCGUCGUCUACAGAUUGAGCAUAUCAAGAACCACGAGUUCUUUGACGGUAUUUCAUGGGGUCCGGAGUUGUGGAAGCAAAAGGCACCUCGAUUGAAAGCUUACGUGCCUCCCGCACGCGAGCCUAUCAAGCUCAAUGGCGGCGAAGGUGGUGACAGCUUUCCUCCGGUCAUUUCGACUGCGCCAUCCAAUGCGACCAGCAACAAUUCGCGUGCGCUCCCUCGAGUAGUCACCGAGCUGCCUCCUCCCAGCCAGCUGGAUAUCGAGUGGUCGCCCGUGCUUAGCAAGGCUAACGAACGGAUUUUGAAACUUGGUAACAUGGUCGUGUUGUCUUCACCCGCAUCGCACAGUCCGACAUCUAAGAAUGGUAGUGGCGAGAGCGAGGCUCCCAAGAAGUUCUCCCGUUUCUUCUCGGGGUCAGCGACAAAGAAGCGAUCACGCUUGGUCAUGGUUACAUCCUCUGCGCGGAUUAUUCUGGCCGCAGCUGGAGGUGAUGAGAAGAAAGCAAAGACGGAAAUCUCGCUGCUUGCACCGGGGACACACUAUCGGAGCACGACGGAUGCCAAGGGUCACUCCUCGUGGAUUGUAGACACGAGAGAUAAACACUACGUCUUUGAAGACCCUAAACCCUCCUCCAGCAACAUUGGAGCCACUGCGGUAUCAGCGCAAGAAUGGCUAGAUGCACUGGACAGGGCCAAGGAGAUAGCUUCGAUGCAUCAAAGUGCCGGCCCUUACUCCGCUGAAGAAGCUUUCCGCGAUCUGUCAUCUGGGUUCUCUAGUCACGCCAACACACUCGAUCGGAGUACAGAGCUUCAGAAUGAAAGCAAUGUACCUCCUCCGGGGCGAAACCACUUGGUGAAGCACCAAGCCAACGACUCGGAAUCGGUGAAGGGGAAGAAGAGAUUCAGCCGGCGUCAUUCGAAGAAUGGUCUUGCUGCUGUGUUUUAA